GCCUGACUCAGGCAGGCAGCUGCUGCUUUUAGAACAGCUACUUAAAACAGCUCCAGCCCGGCACCCUUCCCUGCUGGGGUGAGCGCCACCGCAAAGAUGAAGCUGGCGAAGUGGUGCUGGCUGAGCUCAGCUGUCCUUGCUGCUUAUGGUUUUUUGGUGGUGGCAAACAAUGCAACAGAGGAAAUUAAAGAUGAAGCAGCCUCGGACGCCUGCCCGGUGAGACUAGAAAGCAGAGGGAAAUGCCAGGAGGGAGGUGAAUGUCCCUACCAGGUGAACCUGCCCCCGCUGACUAUUCAGCUUCCCAAGCAGUUUGGCAGGAUCGAGGAGGUGUUCAAAGAAUUCCAGAACCUCAAGGAAAUUGUGAAUAGCCUGAAGAAGACCUGUCAAGACUGCAAACUGCAGGCUGACGACAACCGAGACCCGGGCAGAAAUGGACUGUUAGAAGAUGGUGACAACAGAGUUAGAGAAUUGGAGGGCGAGGUUAACAAGCUGUCCUCUGACCUGAAGCAUGCCAAGGAGGAGAUUGAUGUGCUUCAGGGUAGCCUGGAGAAGCUGAAUCUUGUCAAUAUGAACAACAUAGAACAUUAUGUUGAUAGCAAAGUGGCAAACCUAACAUUUGUUGUCAAUAGUUUGGAUGGCAAAUGUUCAUCUAAAUGUCCCCAUCAAGAACACAUACAAUCACGUCCAGUUCAACAUCUUAUAUAUAAAGAUUGCUCUGAAUACUACACAAUAGGCAAAAGAAGCAAUGAGCUCUACAGAGUCACACCAGAUCCCAAAAAUAGUAGCUUCGAAGUUUUCUGUGACAUGGAGACCAUGCGGGGAGGCUGGACAGUGCUGCAGGCACGUCUUGAUGGAAGCACCAACUUCACCAGAACAUGGCAAGACUACAAAGUAGGCUUUGGAAACCCCAGAAGAGAAUUUUGGCUGGGGAAUGAUAAAAUCCAUCUUCUGACUAAGAGUAAGGACAUGAUUCUAAGAAUAGAUCUUGAAGACUUUAAUGGUGUCAAACUCUAUGCCUUGUAUGAUCAUUUUUAUGUGGCCAACGAGUUUCUCAAAUACCGUCUACACAUUGGUAACUAUAAUGGCACAGCUGGAGAUGCCUUACGUUUCAAUAAACAUUACAACCACGAUCUGAAAUUUUUCACCACCCCGGAUAGAGACAAUGAUCGAUACCCCUCUGGGAACUGUGGGCUGUACUACAGUUCAGGCUGGUGGUUUGAUGCAUGUCUUUCUGCAAACUUAAAUGGCAAAUAUUACCACCAAAAAUACAGAGGUGUCCGAAAUGGGAUUUUCUGGGGCACCUGGCCUGGUAUAAGUGAGGCACAACCUGGUGGCUACAAGUCCUCUUUCAAAGAAGUCAGAAUGAUGAUCAGACCCAAGCACUUUAAGCCAUAAAUCACUAAUGCUUGUUCUUCUGGGUAUUCAUUAUCUAAUAGAGCAAUUAAUUCCUUCAACACUUUGGAAUAUGUUUCAUACUCCUUUUCCAUGGUUUAAAAUUUAUCUAUGCACAAAGGUUUCUUAUACUACACAGCAUUUGAAAUAAAGCUGAAAAAUAUGCCUUUUAAA